AUGGGAAGCCCCGUCACCAACAACAACAUCGAGGAAACUACCGAAUAUCAGGAGUGGGAACGCUGGGUAGCUAAAACCUGCGGCCCGACAACCACGGAAGUAGAAGAACUAAUACUACGCGUAUUAGAAGAGGUGUUAAAACUCUCGGACGGAGAGUAUCAGGAGGCAUUCGAAGAAUGGGCGGAAACACGUGAUGGAUCUAUCAUCGUACGCUCUCUGUGCUCGAAGGCAUCGGGUUCAAGCAACAAUGCGAACGCCAUUUCAAAUUCUCAGGAUUUAGAUGCCACUAACAGAGUAUACUACGGAAGUUUAACACCACAAAUACGUGCAGUUAAGGUGUUUUCGCUGGCCACUAGCAUAGGCGGCAUCGUUGCGCAACCAAUCUUGCUCGAACAAGCUAGCAAAGUAGGCGGUAUGCCGAUGAUUGUGGCUGUUUGUGGAUUUGCAGGAUUUUUCACAUUCGUCACUCCGAUUUUGCUACAUUUGGUAACAAAACGGUAUGUCACGGAACUUUACUAUGAUGCUGCAAAACAGCAGUAUACAGCUACAACGAUCACAUUUUUUCUUCGACGGGAGAAGACUCAUUUUAAAAUUGAAGAUGUUUCUGUCCCAGAAGUGGGUGGAUUAUUUACGACAUUUUUGGUGAAAAACAAAGCCAUGUUUGUUGAUCCGCAGCUGUUCCCUGACCCCGAUCACUAUAUUAAAAUCAUGGGAUACGACAAACCGAUAGAUUUUAAAUUUGAAGAGGCUCGACAAUCUGCAAACAGUGAAAACAAAGCUAAAACAGACCGAUAACGCUAAAUA